UAAAUGUUUUCUUUUAAAGCCCGUUUAAAUCUUUUCAAUAUCUUUUUUCUACUUUGAGAAAUCUUAAGUUGAAGUCAACUUGUUUUGUUUAUCUUCUCUAUACAAAAAAAUCGUAUGUUUAUUUGCGUUUCAUAGCAAAUCUCGAAUAGUUCUUUGUCAAUCGCUUUCAAAUUUUGAAAUAACGUUUUAUUUGCAUUUUCGUAAAUUCUUAUAUCGGCAAGGUUGGUAAAUACGCUAUAAUACACAGUAGAGCGUGGCCGGGUCAAGUAAUUAUAUUAAAAUUUAGUAUGCAGAAAAAUAUAAUUUUUUUCUUGUUGAAAACAAUAUUUAAAAUAUUUCGUUAAUAAAAGAAAUUAAUUCGGUUUUCGAAAUACCAAAAUGGCGAUUAAAUAUAUCCAAUCCAGGAGUACCGAAACUCUAUGCGUUACCAAAAGUUCAUAAACCGGGAAACAAAAUGCGACACAUUGUUUCAAAUAUAAAUUCACCCUCCGUCAAAAUAUCCAAAUGAUACGAAAGCUUAUACUUGAAAUGAUGCAUCGUUUACCAAUUAGUGAAAUUCUGCGGCCACAUGUAAAGCUCAUUAUUUCACUAAUGCUUAAACUGUUAUUGGUUGAUAAUGAAGAAAAUGUUUUGGUUUGCUUAAGAGUGAUUAUAGAGCUCCAUAAAAACUUCAGGCCAACUUUUAAUGACGAGAUAAGAGAGUUCCUUUCAUUUGUAAAGAAAGUCUACACAGAUUUGCCAAUGCAUGUCCCCAAAAUAUUUGAAUCUGCUCCACAAAUCCGUGUCAAGGAUUUGAAAGAACUUGAUUUUGAAAAGCUUUUAUUGGAGACGUAUGCUGCAAAAACUAUUUACGUUGAAAAAAUAACUGAAACUGGUACAGUUGCUCAAGGGUAUACAUUUCUACCUAAAGGAUUUAUGUCGCUGAGGGUAUUACAAGAAUUACCUAUAAUAGUUGUUCUGAUUUAUCAAAUUUAUAAAAACACAGUACAUCAAGAAGUUGCAGAUUUUGUGCCAUUGAUUAUGACAACUAUAACCUUGCAGCCAUCAUUAGUACAAAGAACAUCACCGGCUUUUAAUAAAGAAAUAUUUGUUGAUUUUAUGGGUGCUCAAAUAAAAACUCUUUCGUUUUUAGCUUACAUUGUUCGAAUAUUUCAAGAUUCGGUCGUUUCGCACUCCCCGUCGGUAGUUAAAGGUAUGCUCGGGCUUAUGGAACUUUGUCCAAAAGAAGCUGCGAAUUUAAGAAAAGAGCUCCUAAUUGCCGCAAGACAUAUUUUUGCGACUGACUUACGAUUAAAAUUUAUACCAUACAUCGAUCGGAUGUUCGAUGAAGAUCUUCUUAUUGGAAAGGGUGUUACUUUAGACUCUAUCCGUCCUCUCGCAUAUUCAACUUUAGCGGAUUUAGCUCACCAUGUACGUGAAAAUCUAAGUUUGAAGGCUCUAGCCAAAGCAGCAAAUCUGUUUUCUAAAAAUGUGCAUGAUGAAUCAUUAGCUACAGGAAUCCAAACCAUGUCGUGCAAACUUCUUAUGAAUCUAGUUGAUUGUAUCAGACAACACAGUGAAUCUGAUCCUGUGAAAGCACGAGAGUUGCUUAUUACGCUGCUUAAGGUUUUCACGUCGAAAUUUCAAAGUAUUGCCAAAAUACAGCUACCGAUGAUUAUGCAAAAAUGGAAAAACAUAAAAGAUCAACAAACUCCAGCUAAUACAAGUGGUACAAUACCUGCUGAAUCAACACCGGCAAGUUCCGAAACCAAAGAAGGAGUCACUCUGGAUUCUCCUCCAUUCGAUCAGACAGUCAAAGCAAAUACGUUGGGUAUUGCUGGGACAAACAGUCUUAAUGUCGCAGAGUAUAGAUGCCUGGUUAAAACUUUAGUAGGAGGAGUUAAGACCAUUACUUGGGGUUGUGUUAGCUGCAAGCCCAUGAUUAUCGAAAACAAGUUAUUUCUUCCCCAUGAACUCAGUAUUUACAUAGAUUUAAUAUAUUGGGCAUUAGAAACACUUGAUAUAUAUACAGUAGUACCGAAUAUUCCAAUAGGUUUGAACCAAAUACCAAAACCUUCAGGUCAUAUACCACGCACAAAAGAAGAGAAGGAAGUUCUUGAGCACUUCAGUGGAAUAUUUUUAAUGAUGCAUUCACAAAAUUUCCAAGAGAUUUUCGCCACCACUAUUGAAUAUAUGGUUGAGAGAAUUUACAAAAACUCGUCCAUUCAGGUUGUAGCUAAUUCCUUUCUGGCAAAUCCUUCCACAUCGCCUUUGUUUGCAACUGUAUUAGUGGAAUAUCUCUUAGAAAGAAUGGAAGAAAUGGGGUCUAAUGUUGAGCGGUCAAAUUUAUACCUUCGACUUUUUAAACUUGUAUUCGGUAGUGUAAGCUUAUUUCCAAUUGAGAACGAACAAAUGCUUCGUCCACAUUUACACAAUAUCGUAAAUCGCUCUAUGGAACUUGCAAUGACAGCUAAGGAACCUUUCAAUUAUUUUCUUUUGCUUCGGGCUUUAUUUCGGUCUAUUGGCGGUGGAAGUCAUGAUUUGCUUUAUCAAGAAUUUUUACCACUACUACCAAAUCUUUUGGAAGGAUUGAACCGUCUACAAAGUGGGUUCCACAAACAACACAUGAAAGAUUUAUUUGUAGAAUUGUGCUUGACCGUCCCAGUAAGACUUUCAUCUUUAUUGCCAUAUUUACCUAUGCUAAUGGACCCGCUUGUAUCAGCUUUGAAUGGAUCACAAAAUCUUAUUAGUCAGGGUCUUCGUACUUUAGAACUUUGUGUUGAUAACUUACAACCUGACUUUUUGUACGAUCACAUUCAACCAGUAAGAGCAGAUUUAAUGCAAGCUCUAUGGCGUACAUUACGAAAUCAAGACAGUGCAGCCAUGGUUGCCUUCCGAGUUUUGGGAAAAUUUGGAGGAGGCAACAGAAAAAUGAUGAUCGAAGCACAAAAGUUGGAGUAUAAUGAUAAAGACACCCCAACAUCGGCUAUUGUAGCAAAUUUUCAAGAUCAUCGAAAAUCAAUUGAUUUUCCUGUGGAUAAAGUAAUUGAGAUUGCAUUUAAUGCUUUGAAUCUUAAUGCAACGGAUUCAUUCUAUAGAAAACAGAGUUGGGUUGUUAUAAGAUGCUUCCUUGCGGCAUCGAUAAGUUUGGAAGACGAAAAACAUAUUCUUCAAAAUCUUUUCAUACAUCCUAGCUUUGUAGAGGCUAACAUUAAUGUUCUACCAACAUAUUAUAAAUCCGAUGAAGUUCAGGCGCGCCAAACACACCAAACUGCUUUAACUGGCAUGCUGGUGGCAGCAGCUACAAAAGAACUCCGAGAAUCUGUUCUGCCAUUUAUGGUAUCAGUGGUGCGUCAUUAUACAAUGGUGGCAGUUGCACAGCAGUCAGGACCGUUUCCAUUAAAACAUAACAUUAACAACACUGGCUUAGAUCCGUUGGUACUGAUUGAUGCAUUGGCUGUAUGUAUGGGCCACGAGGAAAAGGAGUUAUGCAAACCAGGUCAGCUUUGCAUUAGUUUGAUUCUUAAAACAACAACAAAUAUACUGGGAAAUAAAGAAAGGGCAUGUCGCUUGCCCCUUAUGCAAUAUUUAGCCGAACGCAUGGUUGCUUUGUGUUAUGAACGACCUUGGUAUGCAAAAAUGGGAGGUUGCAUGGCAAUAGAAUGUCUAUAUCAACAUAUGUCACUCUGUUGGUUGUAUCAAAAUCUGUUUGCUUUUUUGCGAGCAUUUAUUUUUGUCAUUAUGGAUCUCGGGGGAGAAGUUUCAAGUGGAACAAUUGAUAUGGCAAAAACAUAUUUGGAAAAUAUGCUUCGAAUUAGUAUGGUUCCCCUUGACAAAGAUUAUAAAAACAAAGAACUUGUAGCACUUCAAACGAAAACGAUGUAUGAAAUAAUACAUGAAUUAGUUCGACAAGUUACAAGUCCUAAUACACUUGUUCGCGAACAAGCAAUGUCCUCCUUAAGGCUUAUAGCAGAAUUACAAAAGAAAACAGUGACUGAAGUUAUGGAUCCUCAUAGGGAAGUGUUGGUCGAUAUAAUUCCACCUCAGAAACAUUUUCUACGUCAUCAACCUGCUAGUGCUCAAAUAGGACUAAUGGAUGGCAAUACCUUUUGUACCACACUAGAGCCGAGGUUGUUUACAAUAAAUCUAGCAAAUACUUAUCAUAAACUAUUUUUUGAUGAACUCCUCAUUCUAAGCGAAGCUGAAGAUUCAAUUUUAACAAAGCUUGAUUGCUAUAAAAAUGUAACAAACUUAAUUCCAUUGCGAAAAAGUGCAUUGCGAGCUUUAGCUGCUUGUCAUUACAUAAACGAAGUAACCUACCGAGAAAAAAUAAUAAAUAUAUUGUUUAAAGUAAUGGAUAACAAUAAUACAGAACUGCAAGAAGUUGCCUUUGAAUGUAUGCAAAAGUUUCUUUUAGUUUUUCAAAUUGAAAAAGAAAAGGUUCGUGCAGGAAUGCGGCCAUUACUCCUUACACUCGGGGAUCAUCGAAAUCUCAAUCUGACAGCCACAAAGCGUUUAUCAUAUUUCACCCAACUGUUUCCAUCCAUGUUCAAUGAAAAAUUAAGUGAACAAAUUUUGCAACAUUGCCAAGAAAUGAUUGAAAUAUCUGUGAAUGCAAACAAAACAACGAAACAAGGUGGACAUUUCUUAGCAGUUGCCAAAGUAGAGGAGUACGAGCAGAAAAUUGCAAUAUUAAUAGGAAUGUUUCAUCAAAUUUCAGCAGCUACUCCAAAAUAUAUUGAGAGCUUGUGUCAGCUGGUUUUAAAAACAGAAAAUAACUUGAUGAUGGAAUCUUGUCCAUAUAGAAAGCCUCUAGUGAAAUUUUUGCUGAGAUAUCCAAAUGAUUCGGUAAAUCUAUUUUUGACGGACCUCAAUGUACUCAAUCCCCAAUGGAAUAGAUUUUUGAUAUAUAUGCUUAAACAUAAGGAUGGUUUACCAUUCCGCAAUGCCAUUCAAAGCAACAAAUCAGUUCGUUUGAUGCAGUUAAUCAAUUGUAACUGUCCAUCAUUUGCUCAUUUAAAUGAACAACAAAAAUAUGAAGUUUGUCAUCAAGGUGUUUUGAUAGUAUACAACUUAAUGGAACAAGACGAUCAGUGGCUGCUUAACCAAAUGGAUAUUGUUGCAGUGUUGAAAAAUCUAUGGCAAACUAGUCUAUAUAGAACUUGCGAGACUAAUGUUGCUUGUGAUCUUUGGCAUCUUGUUGGCAAAAUUUUGCUUUUUUAUUUUUCUCAUAACACCAAUGAUAUUGAUUUACUAUUCCAAUUACUACGAGCAUUAUGUUUGCAUUUUAUCCCAGAUUUCCAUUUUUUACGUGAUUUCCUCCAAAACACAGUAGCUCAAAGCUUUACUGUAUCUUGGAAACGAAACGCAUUCUUUCAUUUUGUUGAAAACUUUAACAGUCCCCUUUUGUCUGAGGAUUUGAAAGCUAAAAUCUUAACUGCUAUUUUGAUACCCUGUUUUGCUGUGAGCUUUGAAAAAGGAGAAGGAAACAAACUUAUUGGCGCUCCACCAACACCAUACCAAGAAGAUGAUAAUAAUAUUGUAUCAGUAUUUAUAAGUAAAGUAUUUGAUCCAGAGAAACCUUUUGCAAAUGACGACGCAGUGCGCAUUGCCUUACUGCAGUUUGCUUGUUUGUUGGUUGAUAAAGCGUCACCACAUAUACACGAUGGAGAUGCAAACAACAAACGGCAGAGUAAUAAAUUACGACGACUGAUGACAUUUGCAUGGCCUUGCCUUUUAAGCAAAAAUUGUGUUGACCCUACUGCACGUUAUCACGGACAUUUGCUGUUGUCUCACAUUAUAGCUCGUUUGGCUAUUCAUAAAAAAAUUGUACUUCAAGUUUUUCAUUCAUUGCUAAAAGGACAUGCUUUAGAAGCCCGACCAGUUGUUCGUCAGGCUUUGGAAGUACUUACACCUGCUAUGCCUUUGCGAAUGGAAGAUGGCAACACUAUGCUUACACAUUGGACAAAGAAAAUUAUUGUAGAGGAGGGUCAUUCUAUGCAGCAACUUUUCCAUAUAUUACAAUUGAUUGUGCGUCAUUACAAGGUUUACUAUCCAGUAAGACAUCAUCUUGUUCAGCACAUGAUCAACUACAUGCAGCGAUUAGGUUUUCCACCUAAUGCUUCAUUAGACAAUAGAAAACUCUCUGUGGAACUAGCUGAAACUAUUAUUAGAUGGGAGCUUCAACGAAUUAAAGAAGGAAUAAGCAGUGAAAGUGAUACAAAUGUCGGCGAAGAGCAAACAAUUAAUUGUGGUCCUAAAAGAGCAUCAGUAGAUGAUCCGAACGAAGUUCGCAAAAAGUUUGCAGCUGGUGAAAGCGUUCCAACACAGCAACCAAUUUCAAGUAAUUCAACAACAUCAGCAGCUGCAAUUCAACAUCAAAAAAUUGAUGAAAUUGAACGACCUAUUGAGAAAGUUCAAUGCGAUAAUGUUCUCAACUUUUUAGUACGUUUAGCUUGUCAAGUGAAUGAUGUUCAGUCAACACCAGGAGUGGUAUCACCAGGAGAAACUCUUUCACGCCGAUGUGUUAUGCUUCUCAAAACAGCAAUUCGGCCAGAAGUUUGGCUUCAACCAUUCGAUCUAAAACUUACAUGGCUGGAUAAAGUCUUUGCGUCCGUAGACACACCUCAAGCUAACUUAGGAAAUAUUUGCACUGGACUAGAACUAUUAACAUUUUUCAUGAGCGUAUUACGUAAAGACCAUGUAUUGGGAAUCAUAAGACCCAUUCAACGUGGUCUCUCGGCGUGCGUAACAAAUCAAAAUACGCGCAUAAUACGAUUAAUGCAUGCUCUCAUGUCUCGUUUAAUGUCUCUCUAUCCAGCUGACUCUCAUCACAAGCAUGAGAACCUUGAAGUUUUAUACACAACUGUAAGUACUAUGAUAACUGACUCCUUUAACGCCUACGAAAAAAGCCAACAAUCAAUAUCAUCAACACUUUUCGGAGCUCUUAUGAUAUUGAAGGCAUGUUGCAAUAAUAAUCCCAGCUAUAUAGAUCGGAUUAUGUUGCAAUUUAUGAGAGUUUUAAAUAGACUGACAAAAGAUCAUAUGACAAUCCCAAACACAGGACCGAAUGCUCAGCAACCGAUCGAAAGUGGUUCAUUGUCAGUUGAGUUACUUAUUUUGUCUCUAGAUUUGAUAAAAAAUCGAACGGUUGUUAUGGGAAUCGAAAUAAGAAAACUCUUCAUUGGCGGAAUUCUUGUAGGAUUAAUCGAAAAAAGCAACGACCCCAAGAUACUUAAAUGUAUCAUUAAAAUGAUUGAAGACUGGAUGAAAAACAAAGCCCAGGCGUUGCCAAUACCUCAGACGCCAUCAAUUCGAGAGAAGUCAAUUCUUUUGGUCAAACUAAUGCAAUAUGUUGAAAAGAGAUUUGCCGAUGAUUUAGAAUUGAAUGCACAAUUUUUAGAAUUAAUAAACUAUAUGUAUCGGGAUGAUUAUCUCAAGCAGACAGAAUUGACAAGCAAACUAGAGGUUGCAUUUUUGACAGGAUUGAGGUGUACUCAGCCUAGUAUUCGAUUUAAAUUUUUCGAAAUUUUUGAUGGUUCCAUGAGAAGGCGUCUACAUGAUCGUCUCUUGUAUAUUAUAUGUUCUCAAGCCUGGGAUUCAAUCGGGCCACACUAUUGGAUAAAGCAGUGUAUAGAAUUAUUAAUUCUAACUGCAAAUACUAACACACAAAUACAAAAUUCUAAUGAGAAUCACUUGGUUCCAAGUAUUUCAUCAAUUAUAAAUCUGGCAGACACUGAAGAAAAAAAGCAUUUUGUGAUAUACACUCCAUUGCAAAUUGAUACAAUAGAAAAUAUACUAGGAUUUGAAGAAAAAGAUGACCUUUUUGACAUAGACAUCAAUACAGCAUCCAACGUUUAUCGGCAUGAAGAUUCAGAGCGUAAUGUUGCAAAUAGACAGGCUUCUUUGGUAGAACUGAUUUCGAAGCAAUCUGAAUUUCUCCAUGUAAAUCGGCAAGUACGUACUGAACAUUUGCUAGCAGCUACGUCCCAGCUCUGCCAUAUGGAUACACAACUUGCUGAAAAAAUGUGGCUUGCGGUCUUUCCCAGGUUGUGGUCAAUGCUCGAUGAAGAUCAGCAACAGGCGAUUAUGCGAGAAUUGAUUCCAUUUUUAUCAUCUGGAUCUCAUGUUAUUCAAAAAGAUUGCCACCCAAGUGCGUUGAACACUUUCGUGGAAGCUGUCAUUCAAUGCAAGCCCCCAAUUUAUAUCCCGCCUAGUUUACUUGCUUAUUUGGGUAAAGCUCAUAACUUAUGGCAUCGUAUGUCAUUGAUUCUCGAAGAUAUGGCAACCGAUUGGCAAUCGAAAAAGGAUCAAUAUCAAGAAAUUUCGGAUAUUGAUCUGAGUGAAUAUGAUCUCACUGAAAGCAGUCAGUCAAAUAUUUGUGAUUCACUUUCUCAAAUGUACUCUGCACUUCAUGAGGAAGAUUUGUGGGCAGGUCUUUGGUUGAGAUAUGCUAAAUAUCCGGAAACAAACACAGCUAUUGCAUUCGAACAAAUGGGAUUCUUUGAGGAAGCCCAAAAUGCUUAUGAUUUGGCAAUGUGUAAGUUUAAACAAGAAGUACCAAAUGGUCCUAUAGCGCUCGAGAUGAACAGUGAGUUGGUUUUAUGGGAAAAUCAUUGGAUUCGUUGUGCUAAGGAACUUAAUCAAUGGGAUAUUUUAUUAGACUAUGCACAAUCAAAUAAGGAUAAAAAACCACUUCUCAUAAUGGAGAGUGCAUGGAGAGUACCCAAUUGGACGCUCAUGAAACAAGCUCUUAACAAAGUUGAACAAAUAAACCCGAAGCAGUAUGGAUUUAAAGUUAAUUUGUACAAAGGAUUUUUAGCAAUAUUAAAUCAAGAGGAACAACAGCUUUCGAACGUAGAGCGCCACGUUGAAAUUGCUUCUGGCAUGUGUAUGCGAGAAUGGCGACGACUUCCGCAGAUUGUUUCACAUAUACACUUGCAGUAUCUUCAAACAGCACAACAGAUAAUGGAACUCCAAGAGGCUUGUCAAAUUCAUCAAGGUCUAAUACAGGCUCAAGGUCGUAACUCUUCAUUACACGACAUGAAAGCGAUAGUUAAGACAUGGAGAAACCGAUUGCCAGUGAUUGCCGAUGAUCUUUCUCAUUGGAGUGACAUUUUCACAUGGCGCCAGCAUCAUUACCAAAUUAUCACUCAGCAUUUGGAACAACAGACUGAUCAAGGAAAUACAAUGCUAGGAGUUCAUGCUUCAGCACAGGCCAUUAUUUAUUUCGGAAAAAUUGCUAGGAAACACAAUUUAACAAGUGUAUGCCAGGAAUCACUGUCGAGAAUAUAUACUAUUCCAUCCGUUCCUAUUGUUGACUGCUUCCAAAAAAUUCGUCAGCAAGUAAAAUGCAACAUACAGAUGGCUUCGGUAGGUCGCCGAGCUGAACUCAAUGAAGCUUUGGAAGUCAUUGAAUCUACAAACCUUAAGUACUUUAGCCCAGAAAAUAAUGCUGAGUUGUAUGCUUUAAAAGGAUUGCUUUUAGCACAAAUUGGUCGCUCUGAUGAAGCAAAUAAGGCGUUUAGUGCAGCAGCUAAAUUGCACGACGGUCUUACCAAAGCAUGGGCGUUAUGGGGCGAUUAUCUGGAUCAGAUAUUCACUUCCAAGCCAAGGCAGAUGAUGAUUGGUGUGAGUGCUAUUACAUGUUUUUUGCAUGCGUGUCGUCAUCAAAAUGAAAAUAAAACAAGAAAGUACUUAGCUAAAGUAUUGUGGCUCUUAGCAUAUGAUGAUUCAAAAGCAUCGCUUAUGGAUGCCCUAGAAAAAUAUGUAGUUGGAGUUCCACCACUGCAUUGGUUGCCUUGGAUUCCACAGUUGUUGUGUUGUUUAGUGCAGUAUGAAGGCAAAGUCAUUUUAAACCUCUUGAGUCAUGUUGGUCGAAUGUACCCACAAGCAGUGUAUUUUCCAAUAAGAACGCUUUUCUUAACUAUGAAGAUUGAACAAAGAGAGAGACACAAGGCCACCGAACAGGCUAAUAAAAUGCAAAUAUAUCAACAACAAGCUGAUGAACAAUCUGGCGAAAAAACAAGUUCUUCUCAAAACACUCAGCAGACUAUCAAAGCAACAUCAUCGAUGUGGCGAUGUUCCAAAGUAAUGCAUGUUCAGAGAGAAAUACAUCCAACAAUUUUAAGUUCAAUUGAAGGAAUUGUUGACCAAAUGGUUUGGUUCCGUGAGAGUUGGACGGAAGAAGUUCUACGUCAAUUGCGUCAGGGUCUAAUCAAGUGUUAUGCGAUAGCAUUUGAAAACAAAAGUGCAGUUAACAAGGCCACAAUCACACCGCAUACUCUUCACUUUGUGAAAAAACUUGUAUCAACAUUUGGAAUUGGAAUCGAAAAUAUAUCAGGAUCACUUGCUUCAUCAUCUACAAACUCAGCAGCAUCAGAAUCGUUUGCCAGACGAACACAAAUAACGUUCCAAGAUCCUGUCUUUCAAAUAAUGAAAGGGCAGUUUACCAACGACUUUGAUUUCUCACAACCAGGAGCAAUGAAGCUUCACUAUUUAAUAACAAAGCUCCGUAAAUGGAUAAAAAUUCUAGAGACGAAAGUUAAAAAACUACCAACUUCAUUCCUAAUAGAAGACAAAUGCAGAUUUCUUUCAAAUUUCAGCCAAAAAACUGCUGAAGUUGAGUUACCGGGAGAAUUGCUUUUACCUGGCCCAUCUCACUAUCACAUCCGAAUAGCAAGAUUUAUGCCUCGAGUCGAUAUAGUUCAGAAGAAUAAUACUGCAGCUAGGCGCUUGUACAUACGAGGUACCAAUGGAAAAAUUUAUCCUUAUUUAGUUGUUAUAGAAUCUGGAUUGGGCGACGCUCGCAGAGAAGAACGUGUAUUGCAGUUCUUACGAAUGCUUAACCAGUAUCUAGAUAAACAAAAAGAAACUUCUAGACGCUUCCUUAAUAUAACUGUACCACGAGUUGUACCGAUAUCUGCACAGAUGCGAUUAGCUCAAGACAAUCCGGCCAGUAUUUCACUACGCGAAAUUUAUAAAAUGGGUUGUAGCAAGUUGGGAAUUGAACACGAAACACCUAUUGUUCGUUACUAUGACAGGCUUGCUGAAGUUCAAGCUAGAGGAACCCAAACCACGCAUACAGUUCUAAGAGAUAUCUUACGCGAAGUUCAAGCUACAAUGGUUCCAAAAACUAUGCUUAUGAAUUGGGCUGUGAGAAACUUCCAAUCUCCAACGCACUAUUGGCAGUUUAGAAAAAUGUUCACGCUUCAACUUUCACUUGCGUUCUUGUGUGAAUAUGCUUUCCAUCUCACCCGUCUAAAUGCUGAUAUGAUGUACUUACACCAAGACUCUGGACUGAUGAACAUAUCCUAUUACAAAUUUGACGUAGAUGACGGAACUGGUGACUUAGAUGCAAACCGGCCUGUUCCCUUCCGGCUUACUCCGAAUAUUACCGAGUUUGUAACCAAAAUUGGAAUCUCUGGACCGCUUUCGGCGUCUAUAGUUGCGACUGCUCGUUGCUUUGUUCAGCCAAAUUUUAAACUUACCUCCAUACUACAAGCUAUAUUACUCGAUGAAAUAAUAGGCGAACAAAAAAAAAGAAUUAAGGAUGAACGAACCAUUUUCGAUGCAAGUGGUGAGAUUUCUCUAGAAUCUGUUCAAAAAAUUGAUAUGGAAAAUAUCAUUAGAAUAGUAACUAAAAUAGUAGCUGCUGUUAUGCUUCGUUUAAAUGAUGUUGCAAAUUUUGAAAAAGGUGAUUUGAGCAAAAUAAAUUCACUUCUACAAUCCGCAUCAAAUCCUGAUAAUCUCUGUCGAAUGGAUCCAGCAUGGCAUCCAUGGCUGUAAAUUUAAUAAAAGAACAGAUUCCACGAGAAAUAAAGUUAUAAUUUUAACUCUUAA